GAGGCGCGCCGGAAAAGCACAGCGAGGCACCCGACCAGCCCCUGACCUGACGUUCACUAGGCCAGCCGAGAAAUGAAUGCUUUGGGAUCUCCGGUUCACUUUCACUGACGCGAGUUGUGCAAGUCGAGCGGAGGCUGCGUUCCCGAUCCACUUUCAUGCGCGGCACAAAAUUGCGGGCGCACGCACGGCAGUUUCUCCAGCGGAAGUUUUAGAUCGAAAACGGCCCCCCCUUCACUUCUCGCCGAGUUGAGAUGUCGGCCAUAAGAUGCAGGGUCAACCCCACGCGGUCCUUCUUUCUGAGAAAAGUUGCAAAGAAAGACCGGUUGUCGCAGGGCGGUCAGGGUGUCUCUAGUCCACUCCGGAAGAGUCUUUUACCACCGUUGUGUUCCGGCUUCCCCGACCACCGGUUGCUUCUGGUGGCCACGCUCCGCACAGCGGUCGGCGGGAGUGGCGAUGGGGACACUGGGCUUCGCGGCAACGCCGGCGGAGGAGGCAACAUGGACAAGGGCACCGGGGCCAGUUCUGCCGGAGGCAGGGGUGGCAACAGGGACGGACACCUGUGCUGCCCCAAGUGCGGCAAUCCAUGCACGCACGUCGAGACCUUUGUCUCGUCGACGAGGUUUGUGAAGUGCGACAAGUGCCACCACUUCUUCGUAGUCCUCUCGGAUGUGGACACUAAAAAGACCCUGAAGGAGGCACGGAUCGGCUCCGACAAGUCCGGCGCCGUCCGCAAGCCUCCGCCACCACCCAAAAAGAUCUACGAGUACCUGAACCAGCACGUGAUAGGGCAGAACUAUGCCAAGAAGGUGCUUUCCGUGGCGGUGUACAAUCACUACAAGCGCAUCUACAACAACCUGCCCGCCGCCGGAAGCGCAACCAAGCCGGACAACGGCGGCACGGUCGACAGCCAGGCACACACCACCUUCACCACGAGAGACCUGCUGCACAUCUCGGGUAUCACCCAUGGCCACGCGCUGGGCCUCCAGAACCAGGGGCCGCAGCAGACUGCGCACGCAGCCGAGGCCGACGGGGCGGGGCACUCCGGGCGGGGCACGGACGUGCUGGACGCCCCGGACUCUGAGAUACGCCUCGAGAAGAGCAACAUCCUGCUGCUCGGACCCACGGGCUCUGGUAAGACGCUGCUGGCGCAGACGAUUGCCCGCUGCCUGGACGUGCCCUUUGCCAUCUGCGACUGCACCACCCUGACGCAGGCCGGCUACGUGGGGGAGGACAUUGAGUCGGUCAUCGCCAAGCUGCUGCAGGACGCAAACUUCAACGUGGACCGGGCUCAGCAGGGCAUCGUGUUUCUGGACGAGGUGGACAAGAUCGGCGCUGUGCCAGGUAUCCACCAGCUACGAGACGUGGGCGGAGAAGGUGUUCAGCAGGGCAUGCUGAAGAUGCUGGAAGGCACCCUGGUCAGCGUCCCCGAGCGCAGCUCUCGCAAGCUCAGAGGCGAGGCCCUCACUGUGGACACGGCCAACAUCCUCUUCGUGGCGUCAGGGGCCUUCAACGGCCUCGACCGCAUCGUGGGCAGGAGGCGCAACGAGAAGUACCUGGGGUUCGGAGCCCCCGUGCUGGACUCGCCGGGGCGGCGUGCGGCGUCCCAGGCCGGGCUGGCCAACGCCUCGCCGCACUCCAGCGCAAGCGACGACAACGCGGAGCGGGAUGCCCUACUGCGUGGCGUGGAGGCACGGGACCUGAUCGAGUUCGGCAUGAUCCCUGAGUUCGUGGGGCGCUUCCCGGUCCUGGUGCCCUUCCACAGCCUCAGCGAGGACAUGCUCGUGCAGAUCCUCACCGAGCCCAGGAACGCACUGGUGCCCCAGUACCAGAUGCUCAUCGGCAUGGACAAGGUGGAGUUGACCUUUGACCAGGACGCCCUGAGGGCGAUAGCCCGGCUGGCCAUGGAACGCAAAACCGGAGCCAGAGGUCUCAGAGCCAUCAUGGAGACCAUCCUCCUCGAGCCCAUGUUCGAAAUCCCCGGCUCAGACGUGGUCAGCGUACACAUCUCGCACGAGUGCGCAAUGGGCAAGUGCGCGCCGCUCUACAUCAAGGGCCGCCCCGGCGACCGCGAAAUGUACGACGACGUCCCACCGCCCGAUCAAGAGAGGGCCGUCAGCUCCUAGGGCGGCCCAACGUUGGAUCCCCUCUGCGGUUUCCACAUUUCUUCUUUUUUUCAUUUUUUUUUUUUUUUUUUUAGACAAAUUGACUUGUUGACGCAUCCCCGGGACUCGGAGAAAACGCGCCUCGUCGACAGCACGCCGUUUGUCUUUUCAACUCUCGCAGAUCGGCUCUUGGGGCCGGAGGACGGAUGUUUUGGGCAACUGUUUUCGCGCGCGUGGCUGGAAAUGGUUGGAAAAUUUACGGGGCAUUGUGGACCGCGUCUCGCGACCAGCUUCGUGUCGGGCCCGGCGCCACCUUCUGGGAAUUCGUUGUCGAGUUCUAGCAUCGCCGCCAGCUGCCGGGAACGCCCCUUGAAUUCCCACCGGGCCCUUCUGUCGCCGCAUUCGAAGGCCUGGCCAGAUAAAGUACUUUUUAUUUGCCUAAACCAUCCGGCCUCUAGUUAUGAUUGGUGCCCGCACCACGUCUCCGACUAGCGUAUUUACUGUGUCUGCAAGUUCUGCCCAACGGCGUCUUAGAAGUGUCGCGCCGCCGUCUGCUGCAAUUGUGGCGACGACAAAGCUGUGGAGGUGGAUGCAGCAGACGCCUGUUCUGCCGAAAGUCGCUUCGCAGCCAGGCAGUCAACUGAAACCAAAGCGGACACGAGACGGGUCGCCGCUGCCACAAGGACCCACUCUAUCGUCUGCAUAUUCACGACCAAACGGCGGGAGUCUGGGUGCUAGACACACCGGUCAAAAACUCGUUCCACCCUUUGUAGUUGUAACGGACGGACUCGAGUUUCGGCUCGUGACGUCAUGGUUCGAGGGUCGCAGGAGCCGGAAGCAUCCAAACGCGCUUGGCGGAGUUUUGUGCGUCGUGGGAAAACUCGUUGCGAUCUCUCUACUACGUGCAGGUUCGUCGAAACGUCUCGUCCACUUCGUGCGAACGCCUCGGCAUCUAGGUAGUCCCUUCAUCUUCUGGGAUGCCCGCGUAACUUUCACCGCAGUCCUUUGUCUUGAAGACAAUCGAAGAAUCCCCACAACAACAUAUGGCAAGAUUAUUCGACUGGGAUGUUUUUUGUGAGUUUGUGACCACCUGCAAAAAGCGAGCAGAGAGUAAUUUAAUGGUGUUUGCUCUUCGUUUUUUUUUUCUUAUUUUUGUAAAGAAAUUGGCCACCUCGAAGUCAGUCGUUUUUUCUUUGUUUUCUUGAACGCGCUUUGUUGCAUUUUUUAUGCUUCCUGUGGAGCAGUUCAAGUUUGGAGCGACAUCAAAGGACAGUGAAUUGUGUUCCAUAUUCUUCAGAGCUGUAGUGGGAUGGCGAACUCUCUGUAAGAGAAUUAAUUGAUUAUUUAGUUGUUUGACGAUCGUUGAACUUGAGCUCUUUGGUAGAAAUGUUUGUGUCCAACGCAAACGGGGGAUGGCAGUUGUCCGAGUGCGAAGAAAGCAAAAAUAAGGGGUUUGUUUAGAAAUUGCACAAGAGGAUUUGGCAGAAAAACGAAAUGGGAGAGAACCCAAAGGUAAUUUUAGGGAUAGUAAACAUUAAAAUGGCAUAACUAAAAGGAGUCAGUUUUUUUACAGCUGAGCUGUUAAGGGCUAGUUUCCCGAGUACCAUGUCCGCCAGCAAAGAUAUGUCCACACAAAACUCUGAACAGCUACCGCCAUCUAUGAGCGAUGCCAGCAACCAGACAACCGGCUUGCCGGUUGUAUGGUUGCUGCCGUCGCUCAUAGAUGGGUAGCGGCAACCUUUAAAGCCUUGCCACUUUGGCUUGCCGACUUGCGGCUGGCCAUUACUUUAUUACCACCAUAGUACAGCUACGCUGGUCUUCCUUCUUCACCAGAGUAAAAAAGCUGAAAGUUUUUUUUUUUUUGUCUGUUUUUGAUAUGAAGAGGAAAGACUGGCGGUUCUAUUUUGUCGGAAUGGGUGAUUUGAGGCCGACUCAAGGAGAUGUUUUAUUUCCGUUCAUUUGCAGCAAAAGUUGCUCGAGAAAUGAGUUACACUAAGUCCUUGUUUUAAAGACAUGGCUUGUGCAGCCACAAUGUAGCCUCAUCCUUCUGUGCAAACAGUUGUUGGAAUAAAUUCAAACAUUUUUAAGCAACAGACUCAUCACAUUACGUUGAACAGCAUGCUUCCUUGACUCAUUUUGUGCUUGGUUUGGACGGGAGAGUUUUACCAGUGGACAUGCCACGUUACUUUGCACAGAUGAGCGGUGUUUUACUUUGAAGGGAAAAGCUUUGUCCUCGACGUCGAUAGAGCUACUAUGUCAGUUCAUGACGGUUUCCGGAGCCCAGGGAACCCCGGCACCGUAGCUUGGGAUGGAAUGCGACAUUGCAUUUGGCUACGGUUUGUUAUGUAAAGUACUACACUUGUUACUGCUGUAAAUUAAAACAAUAAAAAAUGUCAUUUACAUGAA